AUGCGGUGGAGGGGCUGGGAAAUCCUGGCUAACGGAGGCUCCACUGUGCUUGAACUAUACCGUAUGGAACAUGCGGCUUCUGAGGGCAGCCGAACGGAUGGCUGCUUAGCUGGCCAAACAGCCCAGGGACAGCUGGGAUUCUCUGCACCCCAGCAGCUGCCCCUGGGGCUGUGCCACAAGAAGGUCGCCCCUUAUCACAGCUCUCCUGAGUGGCACUGGCUGGAGUGGGAGAGCCAGUGGAUACAGAUGGCCAAGGAUUCCAGGAUACCAGAAAUUGUAGAAAUCAGCUGCAUCUCCAAUAACUACUACUCCGCAUCUUUUGCCAGCAGACAAUACCUCUGCCGUGGAGGAAUAAAAUACGUUCUUAAGCCGCAGUGCCACCUCGCGGCCGCCUUCAGAAGUGCAUGCUGCGACCUGGCGAGAAGCCCCGCGGGGAGGUACCUCCGUCCAGCCCAACGGGCUGCCUGCCUGGCCGGCGAGGAAGAGCGCGUCCCUGCCGGGCCCACGCUGCUGAAAGUGGAAACGGGUUCUGCAGGAUGCUUCGGCGUGCACCGAAUUCGCUCAAGAAUCCUCUACUUGCCAGGCUCUGUGCCCUGGGAUGGGGGCGCAGAGAGAGGAACGAGUAAACGACAUUGCACAGAGGCCAUCUCCGAGCGGCAUCACCAAGACUGUGUGAUGUCUGGACGCGCGCACAACCUGGAGAUAAAGAGGCUCGCGCUUGGGGGCGAGCAGCGGCCUCGCGGAUUCGUGCGGGUGUGGAUCGUGGGCAGCAAGAGCAGCGUUCGCCACACCUCAGCCCCGGUCCCGGCACCGCCGCCUUCUGCGUUUCGGUUUGUGAGCGGGCCCGGCCCGGCCGGGAGCGAGAGCGAAACCCUGGAGCAGUCGCCGAAGUCGCCGGGUCCGGGAAAGGCAGGCGAUGCCCCCAACCGCCGACCGGGCCACGUCCGCGGCGCGCGCGUGGCGUCGCCGCCUGAGCGCCGCGCUCGCCUGGCGUCCCCCGGGCCCAGCAGCUCUUCCGAGGCCCGCGAGGAGCUGCGCCGCCGCCUUCUGGGCCUCAUCGAGCGCGGCGGGGUGGUGAUCUUCAGCAAGAGCUACUGUCCCCACAGCACGCGGGUGAAAGAACUCUUUUCUUCCUUGGGAGCUGAAUGUUAUGUCUUGGAACUUGAUCAAGUUGAUGAUGGGGCCAAGAUUCAAGAAGUGCUGUUAGAAAUCACUAAUCAGAAAACCGUGCCCAAUAUUUUUGUGAAUAAAGUGCAUGUAGGUGGAUGUGACCAAACUUUCCAGGCAUAUCAGAGUGGUUUGUUGCAGAAGCUCCUUCAUGAGGAUUCAGCAUAUGAUUAUGACCUGAUCGUCAUCGGUGGUGGUUCUGGUGGCCUUUCGUGUGCAAAGGAAGCUGCCAUUUUGGGAAAGAAAGUUAUGGUGCUAGACUUUGUUGUCCCGUCACCUCAGGGCACAUCUUGGGGUCUUGGUGGCACUUGUGUAAAUGUAGGUUGUGUUCCUAAGAAAUUGAUGCAUCAGGCUGCCCUUUUGGGGCAGGCAUUACAUGACUCAAGGAAGUUUGGCUGGGAGUAUAAUCAACAAGUGACGCACAACUGGGAGACGAUGACAAAAGCGAUUCAGAACCACAUCCGCUCUCUAAACUUUGGCUACGGGUUGUCUUUGAGGGAAAAGGCUGUGGCCUAUGUCAAUUCCUAUGGAGAAUUUGUUGAACAUCACAAAAUAAAGGCAACCAAUAAAAAAGGACAGGAAACUUAUUAUACUGCUGCACAGUUUGUCAUAGCAACGGGUGAAAGGCCGCGGUAUUUAGGAAUCCAAGGAGAUAAAGAAUACUGUAUUACCAGUGAUGACCUUUUUUCUCUGCCUUAUUGCCCUGGCAAAACGUUAGUGGUGGGUGCCUCUUACGUCGCCCUGGAGUGUGCAGGGUUUCUGGCUGGCUUUGGCCUAGAUGUCACAGUUAUGGUACGCUCAAUCCUUCUCCGUGGCUUUGACCAAGAAAUGGCAGAGAAAGUGGGUUCCUAUAUGGAGCAGCAUGGUGUGAGGUUCCUAUGGAAAUUCAUACCUGUGAUGGUUCAACAGUUGGAGAAAGGUUCACCUGGAAAGCUGAAAGUAUUGGCUAAAUCCACUGAAGGAACAGAAACAAUUGAAGAAGUCUAUAACACAGUUUUGUUAGCUAUUGGUCGUGACUCCUGUACAAGGAAAAUAGGGUUGGAGAAGAUUGGUGUCAAAAUUAAUGAGAAAAGUGGAAAAAUACCUGUAAAUGAUGUGGAACAGACCAGUGUUCCAUAUGUCUAUGCUGUUGGGGAUAUUUUGGAGGGUAAGCCAGAGCUCACUCCUGUCGCCAUACAGUCAGGCAAGCUGCUAGCUCGGAGACUUUUUGGGGCCUCUUUAGAAAAGUGUGAUUAUAUUAAUGUUCCAACUACGGUGUUUACUCCUCUGGAGUAUGGUUGCUGUGGAUUAUCUGAAGAGAAGGCUAUUGAAGUAUAUAAAAAAGAGAAUCUAGAAAUAUAUCAUACUUUGUUCUGGCCUCUUGAAUGGACAGUAGCUGGCAGAGAGAACAACACUUGUUACGCAAAGAUAAUCUGCAAUAAAUUCGACCAUGAUCGGGUGAUAGGGUUUCAUAUUCUUGGACCAAAUGCCGGUGAGGUUACCCAAGGCUUUGCAGCUGCAAUGAAAUGCGGUCUCACAAAACAGCUACUUGAUGACACCAUUGGAAUUCACCCCACAUGUGGGGAGGUGUUCACAACUUUGGAAAUCACAAAAUCCUCAGGACUAGACAUCACUCAGAAAGGCUGCUGAGGCUAGGCCUGCUGCUGUUUAGUUUUCUUUGUCAUUCUCAUUUCUCUCAAAGAUAAGAAUGUUCUCAGAUAAAAUGAGCCUGUGCUCAUGACAGCUGCUCUGUUACUCAGGGACCAGUACAGGGCUCUCUUAUGACACUGAGAUGAGAAAGUAGACAAGGAGACAGGACAGCAGCAGGCAUCUGCCUUGUGGCCUCACUGACUGCGAGAAGCAGUGGGACUGCUUCCUUGAUGCCUUAGCUCGCAGCCCCGUUAUGAGGUGAGCCAAGGCUGAUUCUCGCAAGCGAGGACUGAGCUUUCCUUGGAAAGACCGUUGAGUGGCACCAUUCACCUAAGUUAGCUUUUCUGGUCGCCGGUUAUCCCCUGUGCUUUGUUGUUUCUAUUAAAAUAUAUUUUCAGUUAUGAAA